CACCUCGGCCGUCCCCAGCUCGGACCUCCCGGCCUCCCCGGCGCUCGCAGCCCCCCUCUAACAGGUGGCUCGGUGCCUGCCCCGCUCCCCGGCGGCUCCUGCGCCUCUCUCCUCUUCGCUGCCGCCUAACAGGUGGUGGUGCCGCCGCGCCUUCCUCCGUGCAGCGGGCAUGGGGAACCAGGUGGAGAAGCUGACCCAUCUCAACUACAAGGAAGUUCCCACGGCCGACCCGACAGGUAUGGACAGAGAUGAAGGGCCUAGGAUUGGGGUCUCCUAUAUUUUUUCGAACGACGAUGAUGAGCUGGAGCAGCAGCAGGAUUCAGUGCAUGACCUGGGGGGUGAGCACCCUGCCCAGCAGCCCUACGAUCCCCAGCUGCACGAGGUGGAGUGCUCAGUGUAUUACCGGGAUGAGUGUAUUUACCAGAAGAGCUUUUCAGAGGAGGACAUGCAGCCAGAGGAGGGUGAUGAAGGAGGUGGGGGGCAUCUGAGCACCUACACCCCGGAGAACCUACUGAAUAGGUGCAAGCCAGGUGACCUGGUGGAGUUUGUGUGCCAAGCACAGUAUCCGCACUGGGUGGUCUAUGUCGGGGAUUUUCAAGUUGUGCACCUACAUCGGCUGGAGGUGGUGAACAGCUUCCUCACCGACGCUAGCCAGGGCAGACGGGGCCGCAUUGCCAACCAGCUGUACCGCUACAAACCCCUCAGCCCAGCCGUGGUGGUGCGCAAUGCCUUGGAGCAGGUGGGUUGCAAGGAUCGGGACUUGAGCUGGAGAAACUCUGAGUGUUUUGCUGCCUGGUGCCGGUACGGCAAGCGAGAGUUUAAAAUCGGCGGGGAGCUGCGCAUAGGCAAGCAGCCUUACCGAUUGCAGAUCCGGCUGGGUGACAAGCGCAGCCACACGCUGGAAUUUCAGAGCCUGGAGGAUCUGAUUAUGGAGAAGAGGAGAAAUGACCAGAUCGGUAGGGCUGCUGUGAUCCAGGAGCUCUCCAGCCACCUGCAGGCUGCAGAGGAGGAGGAAGAGGAGGAGGAAGACCGUCAUCAUCAUCCAGGUGCUCAGACUGCUGUGGAAUAGCAGCCUCAGCACCACCAUACUGCUUAGCCUGGGUGAUGGGGAUUAAAACUGAAGGCUUCGAAAUUGAGCUGUUAUAAGCCCUUUGGGCUGCUUCGGUGCAGCUUCAUUCCAAUCACAUGUGAAAGGAAGGGGGAAAGCUGAUUAAGUGUCUGUGCUUUAGUGCUUAACUCCUUCAGUGCUUGAUGAUAAAACCCCUGACUUAUUUGUAGAGGAUAAAACUCAGGGCAAUUCUACUCCUCUCCCACUUCUUUCCCUUCCUCUCUGCUGUGUUCACACAUAGCCUUUUCCUCAACCAUCUGCUAGUAGGCUUGACCCUACAAGAUGCUAAAUGCCUUUGACGUCUACUUAUCAGCAGAAGUUAAUAGUAUUUAAUACUAUUAAGAAGGAGCCAACAAUUUUCAGGACAUGACCAUGUAGCUCUAAGCAUGAGGAUAUUGUUUUCCCUUCUAUGCUACUGUUUCUUUUCAGCUGUGGCUUCUGUUGGUAUUGCAACAAGCUUGCCUGCUUGUCUGGAGGAAGAUUUUGUGGAUUAGUAGCCAGUCCUCCAGAAGGCGUAAAGCAGAAAGCUCCACUAAUUUUGAAGAAAUGGGUUUGAUAUGCCAGUGCCUUCCUAAGUUAUAGGAACUUGCAGAUGGGCAGGGGGACCUUUUCCUUUGCUAUCAGCAUGUGGCUUUGGGGACAGAAAGAUGUUUUUAUUGGUGAUGGAUCCUAGGGGAUGAGAAACUUUGCCACCCCAGUUAAGGAGUCUGCACACUGGUGUGUGCUGCGACUCCUACAGGCAGAUACUGAACUGUGCCAGUGCUCAUUACAGGCUACCUGGCUUCUCCUAAAGCAAAUGGCAGAGCUCCUGAUUAUGCCUGUUGUACAGAUCGAGGCAGUAGAAACAGGUUGCUUGUGUGUGAGAGUGUCUUGAGUAAGCUGUCCCUCAAGAGGGUGACCUCUUGGCUGGGUGCUCCUGGCUGUCAGCAUGUCACAGGUUCUACAUCACCAUAAACACAGCUGUGAUGGAAAGUGAUGGAAGGGAGCACAUGCUGGAAGAUAUCACAGGCAGGGGGUUUUGGAUGUUCCUUUUUUUCUUUCCUUACUGCAAAGAAGUUUCCUUUUCAUUAAGAAUUUCAUGUUUCCUUUUUUGCUAAUUUUUAUGGUAUGCAGCUGAGCUAUAGCAUUAGAGAAAAGGAAAGGACAUGCCUCCAAAGUUGUGCAAGUCCCUUGGGAGGGAGAGUGCAGUGCCACUUGCCCUGAAUGCUCCCUGAACUUGUUUUCAGCUGUUGAACUGCUCUCCCACACAGGCAGUACUGUCAGAUCUUUGUCCUGGGAUCUGGAUUGUGUGAGCAAGCACUGAUUUGGAGGCAGUCUCUAAAGCAAAAUUCCUUCCCCUUAAAGCACAAGAUGAUGACAUGAACUUGAAGAUAAGCUUGAGUUCAUUUACAUAAUGGAAGCUAACAGUGUGAUGUAAACUUGAAGCAUAGUUAAUAUGGUCUUCCUUGCAGUUGUUUACAGUUAUACCACAAAUAGCAAAGUACUCUGUGUCCUUUCCACCCCUGAGAAGGGAGCAAAGUUUGUCGUUUAAGAAUAGGUAGAUACCAGCUUUUGAUUAGUUGUGUCUAUAAAAAACAACUUUGCCAAUAUGAGCCAACUAGAUUGUGGUGUCAUGUUUUCUGUCUAAAAGACACAAACUAGAAAAAAACUGUGAGAGACUACUUCAUCCUCACUUCAGAGGAAAAAUAAUUUUCAGGGUUAUGCAAAUACAUCAUAUACUGUUCCAUUAAUGACUCGCAUGCUCUCACUUUGCCCUGUGAAACACCCAAAUCCAAAGAAUAGUUUAACACCAAGCUUCCUUAAAAUGCUAUAGCUCAGGUGCCUCCACUAAGUGUUUUUUUUCACCAAUAUGCAAUUGAGUUAUACUCAGGUUACUGUGGUUGUCAAACAGAUGUGCAACCUUGAUUUGAUAGCAUAAAAACUACCCAUAUCUAACUGUGAUAGGGUUAAUAUGUGGAUAUCUGCACACAGGUUUUAUACAACUACUAGUAACUACUGAAAGCUGAAACGAUCACUGAAAUAGUCUGAAAAGGAGUGAAGGAGAGUCUCUCUGUUGUACUACUGACUGACAUGAGACAACAGAUUAUCUAGACCAUGAACAAAUGUCUGGCUGUGGUUUCUUUCAUACUGAAACCUUGUACAUAACAAAGUUUAUUUCACUGUGUAAUAUAGCUAUGUAAAAUAAUAUUUUCUUACAAAUAUUUUUGAAAUUUUAAAAAAACCCUUCAUAACCUUGCAUUUGAAAGUAAGUUGUUAUGCACAUUAUUUUCCAGUCCUCUGAAUGGGUUUAUUUUUCAUUUGUGAUCUAAAGUAUAUUCUAGGUCAUAAAGUAUAGAAACUGCUAUAAAUGUCAAAUAUUAUGUAUCUACAGGGUACUAAACAGUAAAGAAGUUGUGAAAAUAUUUUUCCCUUGUGUCUGAAACAUCAGAACUAUGAAACUUAACCAUUUCUCUCCUUCUGAGAUAUCCUGCGUAAUCUGGCUAUGUUUUCAAUUCUUUAUUUCCACUUUUUUGUUUUAAUGAGAACAGGACCAAAUCUGCUUGGGAAUGGAGAGCAAAGCUUCUUUGGCCAACUGAAAUCUUGUCUUGUGCUGAUCUUGGUGCUUCUCUGUACUGGUCAUGCCUUUAGGGAUAAAUUCCCUCACAGGCACAGGGCCUUAGCAAAGAAUUCCAGAGCUUGAAUUGCUUUGUUAGGACAGAGAGUGAAGGGAGAGCUUGCCUCAUAGCAAAGCAGAGUCUGGCACGAAUUCUGCUGUGCUAUAAAACCCAUAUGCUCCUCUGACACCUGGGAUAUAGGUGUUUGAUAUUUAAAACAUAGAUAUCUGGAAUUUUUAAAAUUCUCUACAAACUAUGUUUGGGGACUUACUGUCUCCUGGCAUUCCAUUAUGUGUAAAAGUAGAAGAGGAAGGGAAGCUUGUCACUUUUUAAAUUUUGUCUGGGAGAGGGCUACCUCCGUAUAGGGAUUUCUUAUUCCAGCAGAUAAAGAUGCAGCUGUUGAAUCUUUAACAGGCAGUUCCUUUUUUCCUACCUGUUGAUUAGGCAGUGUUAUUUAAUAGGUGCUACUAAACACCACUGCACACAUUCCUAAGCAGUCUGGUUUUAAAGCCAUGGACCUCUAAUGAGCUGGAUGUGAGAACAGGAAUUGUUGUGGUAGCACAUCACAACUGCUUGGUUUCUUGUCUUUGCUGUACUUUGCUCAGUUACUGUCUGCAGAUUGGGCUGCGAAUUCUGGAGCUUAAAAAGACAUCCCAGAAAAACUGACUCUUUUGUGUAUGUGUCUACUUCAGGAUUCUUGUGUAGAUCACAAAAGAGGGGGAAAGAAUAGAUAAAAAUACUGUUCACUGCAGCUGCUACUUUAACAUAAAGGAAUGCAGGUGUGAUCCUUCCACAGAACGUGCGGUUCAGCAAAGGUCCUAAGCCUUUACUGAAGUUUAAAGUUUUGACUAGACCCUACUUUCAGCCACUUGAGAAUCAGUAAGACUAUUCACAUGCUUUAAGUGUAUAUUUACAUUUCUUAGUGAAUGAGGGUCUGGAAUUUCAAUCUGAGGUCUCUAGUGGGAGUAUGGAGGAUCUGAGGUUGCAUAAUCAAUAGGGGAGAACAAGCAGUGCAGUGAAAACUGUUCCUCAAAGGGCCUCUUGUCCAAACAAAGGUCAUGGAAUCCAGCCCAAACUUUGGCCUCAGUUUCCCCUGGAAUUCCAGGGGCUGCACUGAUUUGGUGAGAGGUGUGUUACACAGCAGUUGUAAGCUAAGCUGAUGAUCUGCUGCAGACUGCUCUCUGGUAUCUUUGUCUUGUCAUGCUUGAACUUUCCCUUGCGUUUUUAACAUUUAAAGUUAACAUAAUUUGUUUUAAGAGCCCUUUGAUUGUGCAAACACUUAAUCAUCUAUAUGAAUUUACUCAUUUGGGCAUUCCUAUUGCUGUGAAUAUCAGUAUGCACGUGUGAAGGCUGACAAGGCUGAGCCCCAGAUGUGUAAAUGUAGCUACAGCUAGGAAAUGUAGAUGAGCAGUCUUAUUUCCCUGGAGUAUUGGUGUGUUUCAUGCAAAUAAUGUCUUGGAAAAACCUUUGUAGUAAAACCUACAAUUAUCCCUUGAUCAAGUAAUUUUUAAAACACAAUUUAGACAUUCACCUUCCAUGGCAGUGAACAAGGACAUAAACUGAAGACUAUUUUGUUAUCCCUGAUUCUGUGUGAAUGCAAAAUAUUGAUUACAGCAACUCUCUAGAUCUCAUCUGGCCAGUAUAGUAGGCAAUUGUAGGGUAGGCAGGGAAAAUUCACAAAAGCUAAUUCAAAAACUGUAUUUUCGUACUUGGAAAAAUACUUUCUUCAGACUGAAGGACCCUAGACUAUGGAAGCAAACUUUAAAUUGCUUUGUAUAAAUGAAACCCUAGGCAAACUCCUUAAGUUUUGUUCAUUUGAAUUCAUUAUUUCACUCAGUACUAAAGUAGGUAAUAUUAGGUGAUGAAUCUGUUUCAGAUUUUGAAUGUAAUGGUGGUUUUCUGUUUCUCUUCUCCUUUGGCUAAGCGUUACCAAAGGUCUGUCCUUGGGUACGUGAAGUGUGUUGUUGAAUGGUUUCCCACCUGUGCUUCUCUGGCAAUUAAUAAAACCAACUGUAAAGCUAACAGCCAUGUAGGAACAAAUAUUUUUUAAAGCAAAAUUUUAAUUUUGUAUGACAGAUCAGAGACUAGUAACUAAGUAGAGGUAGGAAAUACAUUGUUUCCAACAGCAGUUUCUAUUUGUAAGAAAUCUACUGUUAAUUGAAUAUGUGUUGACUACUCUUAUAAAUCAGUGUGAAGUGAUAAGGUCAGGAGAAUUUUAUCAUGGGCUUAGAUUUUCAAUUUAGACUUUUUUUAAACUGUGAAUGGGAAGAAAUCAGGGUGAUUUCAAACACCAGUGGUUUAGAUGGUUCCUUUGGAUUAAUAUUGAAUUAGAAGCUUUCUUUAAAUGCACACUUGGAAUUCCUGAUAUUGUAACACUUCAUGAAAUCAUCCACAAUAACAAGUGUAAUCACAAAUAUGAUUUUUUCUACCGUGACCAUUUUCUGUAAGCUGUCUUCUGUCAGUAAAUGUUGAAUUGUUAGUGCAAAUAUCUUCUUUUCCUGAGAAAGAAGUACACAUCAUUGAUUGUACCAUUUCCUUCAAAAUGAAGGGCAUUGCAUAGUAACUCAAAAGAAAUAAAAGAUUUAUAGUAUCUUUUACAA